CUCUCUCUCUCUCUCUCUCCUCCUUUCCCCUGACUAUCUCUUCCUCCGUCUUUUUUUUUUACUUCUGUCUAUCCCCCUACCUGUCUCCAUCUCUGUCUCUCUCUGCCCCUACUGUCUUUGUAUAUCCGUCUAUCCUCUUCGACAUCACCUCACGCAGUGGUGCCGUGUAGUAGUGUCGUGUCAUCCCGCGGUACGUCAACGAUCCUCCCGGGACUGAAGGCAAGGAUCGGCCGGGUCGAGGAUAUACUCUGCGAUUACCGGGCACGAUCGGUCUCGUCAGUGUACGCUAGAGUGAGGAAAGUGAGGCCCAGCACCAGAGGCUGUAGGCAGUGAUAGCUCGAUGUCGGUACGGGAUGUACGUGAUGUCUUGACACCGGCUUGAACGCAGGUUCACAGGUGGCGACGUACGAGUGACGUACCUGUGUGGCUCGAGGUAGCGAGAGAGAGAGAGAGAGAGAAAGAGAGAGAGAGAGAGAGGAGUCCGAUGGUGACGGACGAGCGUGUUGGUGGAACUUAUCGGCGCGAUGAUAGGAGAUAAGAGCGCUUCGUGAUCGAGAUCCGCGCUCGGAUAUCGGGGAGGUAUUUUGCGUCGUUGGAAUUCCGCUUGCUACCUACGUGAAACGUCUCGACAGUGGCCGAGAUUCGGCCGAUGGGAGAAAAGCCGUAUGAGAAAAAGUCACGACAGAGGGUGAUCGUGUGUGGCCAUCCCGUCCACGGUUCGCAUCGAGUCGAUCAAGUGCGUGGAGGAAGGGGACACAUCCAGUGAAGGUGUCAAACGUCGGCGGCACCUCAUUGACAUUUCCGUGACAUUUAGUGCGCGAUUCAAGUCGAGUGCCAGACACCUUUCCGUGUAACACGCGCGUCCCGACGAUGUCGUUCUAGCGACAGCCUGUAGGGAUAGCGCUGAUGGUCGGCGUGACAUCUUUACCGUCGUCGUCGUCGUAACGACGUUGCGAUGAAUGUUGGGAGGAAGGGCGGUGCGGCAGAGAGGAAGUGAUACGAGAACGUGGCGAGUUGAUGACGCGUCUUCCGUGCCUUAUCAGCGCGGUAACUGGAGCACCGUAACCGUCGAACACUCUAUUUGAAAAGACUUAUCUGUCUCUCGGAAUUUUUCAUUUGCACGUGCACGGCCCCGACGACCCGGCGUUUUCGCAGAGGCCUGUUGCGUGCACGGUCGAGCGACAUUGAAACCAAAUCCUCGACGGUGGACUCGUUUCCGAGACUCCGGGCGGCUUCGUGCAACAGGUGGCUCCUAGCCGGACAGGCUAUCGGGAAGAAGAACGUCGGAUUCUUCUGCGACGUCCCGAACGGAGGGCGGAGAAUCGCUCGGGUGAAGGUCGACACCGAUUGCCAAACUGGACAUUCUUACCGCCACGUCGGGAAGAACGGAGUGGAGAUGUCCGCGGGUCGCUGAGAGAAUGAGGGAGCUGGACACUGAGAGCCCUGUCGUCUGGCCAGCCUGGUGUUAUACUGGUGAGGUGUCGGGCGAGAGCGUGUCCACGGGCACAGGACCACGUGGCGGCGACCGUGGAGAGGCAGCGGAUUUAGGAACGCACACGGAAAACAACGACGGGUCCACCCUGGCAGCGAACACAGCGAUCGACGCCAGGGGCGGGAGCCCUCAGGGUGCCCACCUGUCCGGUGCGGCAACCCCGAGGCCACCGAGGGGUAGGAGGCGGCAAAACCAGAAUGGUCUCGACACUACUCAGGUUAAGACGGAACGACUCACGCCUGACAAUAACUCGACGUCGUCGAGGAGCGUGACGCCUUCUUCGUCGAGUCAUCCCGGCACGCCGCCAAAUGCUACGCCCUUGGGUGGACCCGAGGGCCCACCGCCACCCCAUCAUCUCAAGCACAUGGAGCAGAUGAUGGGGCGAAACUACAGUGAUUUCAUGAGAAGCCUCGCCGCCAAGUACAACAACGCCAACCCCAACGAUUACUUUAGCACGCCAAGAAACGGCUAUCCGCCGGGCUUGGACCCGAGGUUUCCGGCCUUCAAGACCGCGGCGACGCCGUUCGUCGGUCUGAUGGCGCCUCUAGGCGCUCCGCAACCACCGACCGUCCCAACGACCUCGCCACUCUCGAACAAAGACCCGAAGGAGCAGAAGCAAGACAGCCUCUUCGGUAAUCCCGUAUUCCCGCCUAUGAUCGAUAUGUCUUCCACCCAGGCCCUAUUACACAUGGUACGGACCGCCAAUGCCGCUCAGAACGCCGCCGAAUUGGAGACAUAUCUCAAAGGCGCGAACAAGAGAGACGCGGGCGUGACAAGCCCGUUGGACCUCUCGAGCCCCGGCGGCUUCGCACCUCGCAAGCGGCAGCGGACGGAAACGCGGAGAUCCGAGAGCGUGUCUCCCAAGCCGAAACCCGCUGCGCGACCGACCACACCACCGCCCGUCAGGUGUCCAUCGUUGUGCGGCCACAUGCCCUGCGGUGACGGACAGGCGGUGAAUCGUUGGACCAUCGAGGACGUCGUCAACUACGUCUCGUCGAUCGAUAUCUGCGCCGAAUACGCACAGAAUUUCCGGGAGCAUCGCAUCGACGGUGCGGCGCUGCCGUUGCUGUCGGAGGACCACCUGACGGGCCCGAUGGGCAUGAAGCUCGGUCCAGCGUUGAAGCUGCGCGCCAUGCUCGCCCGGAAGCUCGGCGCUUGCACGGUAUGCUUGCACUGCGCGCACUGCCACCAAACGCCGCUACCGGCGCUGAGUGCUGCGGCCGCCGCUGCGGUGACGCAGCAGCAGUCGCAACAACCGCAGCAGCAGCAGCAGCAAUCGCAACAGCAGCAGCAGCAACAGACGUCGGGCCGACGACCGAGCAGCACCGGGAACUGA